AUGGGCUCCCGCGGGCAGCCCGGGCUCUGCCGCCAUCCCCGGGCGCCUUGCGAGGCUCAGGGGCCGCGGUCGUUCUCCAGUUUGCUGCUGGGCUCGGAGCCGCUGGGCUUAGCGCCCGAACCGCGGCACGAUGAGCUGCGCAUCCCCGCCCCGCUGCGCGCCCGCUGUCGCGAUACCUGCGACAGGGCGACGUCGCCGGGUCCGCCGGAAGACCUCCUGUCCGGCGACCGGCCUGCCGGGGAGCAAGACGGGAAGGAAGGGCCGCCGGGGCAGCAGCAACCCGCGGGGGAUCGGUGCGAAAGGCAUUCAGAUAACGUCCCGUGGUACAUCCGUACCAUUAAUGAAAAGGAAGAAUGUCUCACAACACUGGUAGCUGAGAUCGAUCGUCUCGCAAAGUACCGGGCAGAGUGUGCACAGAAGGACGUGGUGAUUGCUAAUCUCCUGAGGGAAGUGGGAAGUCUGAAGAAACAGCUGAAGUUGCUCAAGGACAGUGCUGACACAGAGGAGCACACAGAAACAAAACAAGGGAUCUCAACUGAAGUUCUCAAGGAAGCGAGCGCCCCGGGAGCCAUUCCAGAGCAGGCAGAAGCAGAGAAGCAGGCCCUGAUGGCUCAGCUCACUGCGUUGCAGAAAGCCCACAAAGAGCUCCGUGCAGAACUACGAAAAGCAGAAGAUGACUACAACAUGGCCACAGGUGCCAUGUGCUCCUUGCAAAGACAACUGGAGAUCCAAGAAUCCCAGCUUCGGAGAACCGAAUCUGAAAAUGAAAGGCUCCAAAAGGAGAUCAGAGGGCGGGAGAAUCAGCUACAAGCCAUGUCUGCCAAGUUUGGCAGUCUGAGAGAAGAACGGAAACAUGAAGAAAUAAUGGCAGCAAUGGAGAAGGAGAACUGCAGCCUUCGGCAGGUUGUUACAGAGCAAGAAUCCAAACUGGGUGAGCAGAUGGAGCUGAUCAGUGGUUUGCAGGGCACAACGUGGCAGCUGCAGGCGGAGGCUCUGACCAACCGGUUCCACAUCCAGAAGCAGCAACGUGCCCAGGAGAAGAUGCAGAGCCAAGCUGAAAUGCUGCAGCAGGCAGAGCUACAAACCAGAGUGGCACUUGAGCGCGUCACCAGCAAGUUUGAAAGAUUUCGAAGCAAAAUAAUUCAGGCUACAUUCAGUGCAGCAGGCAUCAAAGCUCCCCAGGCAGAACUCACUGACGAGGAGCUGCUGGAGGCAAUGCAGAAAAUAAUUAACGAGCGCACUGAGUUCCAUCAGAUGCUGAAACAAAAAGGCAUCAAGGUUCCAUCCCUCACCAGCAUCGACACGUUCACCUCAUCGCCAGGCAUUUCAAAGGGAAGGAGGUGAAGGGCAGCAUCUCCUGCACAACGGCCUGAGCAGUAGCAGGUAGCAGGUACAGGUAGCAGUAGCAGGCUCCCACCACAUCACCCCUCCCCACCUCCCAUUCCUUUGUUUUCAGGGGGUGACUCAGUAGCAAAUUAAACUCACUCAAAUAAA